GGAGUGUCUCCAAGAUGGCCGGUUGGGGAAGGAGGCGUCUUGGCCCGGGCAGCAGUGGCGGCAGCGCCCGAGAGAGGGUGAGCUUGUCGGCCACAGACUGCUACAUCGUGCACGAGAUCUACAAUGGGGAGAACGCCCAAGACCAGUUCGAGUACGAGCUGGAGCAGGCCCUGGAAGCCCAGUACAAGUACAUCGUGAUCGAGCCCACACGCAUCGGCGACGAGACGGCCCGCUGGAUCACCGUGGGCAACUGCCUGCACAAGACCGCCGUGCUGGCGGGCACCGCGUGCCUCUUCACCCCGCUGGCCCUGCCCUUAGAUUACUCCCACUACAUCUCCCUGCCUGCUGGCGUGCUCAGCCUGGCCUGCUGCACCCUGUACGGGAUCUCCUGGCAGUUUGACCCCUGCUGCAAGUACCAAGUGGAGUACGACGCCUAUAAACUGUCCCGCCUGCCCCUGCACACACUCACUUCCUCCACCCCCGUGGUGCUGGUCCGGAAGGACGACUUGCACAGAAAGAGACUGCACAACACAAUAGCCCUGGCCGCCCUGGUGUACUGUGUAAAGAAGAUUUACGAACUCUAUGCCGUAUGAUCUCAGUAGGACGGGGAGAGAAGCAAAUGACCCAGCCCACGAGAGACUCCCCCCCCCACCCCGAGUAUGCAGAUGGCCCCAGUAACAGUUUUUGCUCCAUGGGGCGGCAGAGCCUGGGAAGGGGUUUCGUUUAAUAUUUGUUAUUUUAAAAAAAAAAAAUAACACAGAUCACAGGUGUACCAAGGGUUUUUCAACUCAUUACACUAAGAUGUGGAUUUCCAGAACCCACAGGGGGUCUGCGCUGUGGGAGUCUGAGCGGGCGGUGGAGUGUGGACAGCAGCAACGCUACUGAGGGGGUAUGAAUGCGCUUGUGGGGCGGGGGGGAGGUCUUUACGUCUGUUGUUUAACUGUACCAUCCAGAGCCAACCAGAAGCUAUUGGCCAUUAAAAUUAUGAGAAUUUCAA